GACGGAAGUCUACGUUUGCCAUGUGGCUUGUGUUAUAGAGCUUGUUGAAGCAGUUUGUACGUGUCUGUUUAUGUUAAGUAAUGCUUCAAAUUGUGACCAUUCAAUUAAUCUGCAUGGUGGUCUGUUUCCAUCAAGCAGUCAGAGGUGAGGAUAAGAGGAGUGUAAUUGGUUAUGUCAAUGAGUCAGUUGUCCUAAGUUCAUAUGUUGAUCCAUCAUGGACUCUUAAAAAUAUUCAGUGGACAAUAUUUAAGAAUGAUACCCUAAUCGCAACCUUUGAAAACAAUGUCAAGAGAGUUGAUAGGUGGCCACAAUUUAAUGGCCGACUUGAGCUGAAUACAACAUCAGGACAUUUAACAAUUAACAACUUAACAGCUAAUGACUCUAUGGAAUACAGCACCCACCUCGAAGGACAAGGAACAAAAGAACCAAAAAUCAACAAAGUCCAGCUUUUUGUUCGAGAACAAUUCCCCAAGCCCAACAUAACUCUGCUGCACAGUUUUCUGGAUGCAGGGAAAUGUGUAAUUUCACUUAAGUGCUCAUCACUGAGCAGUAACAUUUCUCUUAUGUGGACAUCUGAGGAGCGCCUCUGGAGUGACAGUGCUAAUGUCACCAAAGAGUCAGUGACAUGGACAUCCUCCUUGAACAGAGAAGCAAAAUUCUUCUGCAUUGCUACUGAUGGAAAUCGCAAUAUGUUGAACCAGCUGAGUGUAAAAUGUCCUGAACCAAAGACAUGCACCGCCUAUAUAUGCUGGGUAUCACUGAUCAUAAUCCUCAUCUUGUUCAUCAUCAUCAUCAUCGCAAUACUACAUUACAUUAAAAGUGUUCAAAAAAAGUGCAAACUGGAAACUGAGAGAACAAAUGCAAAUGCUCUCCUUGCGAGAUAAGAAUCUUCACCAUCUGAAUUAUGAGAGGAGCUGGAUUUGGACCUGAACACACCAUCAGCUCGCGCAUCUCACUGCUGAUAUCAUGGUGCUACUUAACGGUCUUCGCAGCACCCCCUCUGGAAAUGGAAAUGCGGGGUUCCCCCCCUCCUCAGAUACAGAAUCCACCCCGUCAAUGUGUCGCCUUCUCUGAUCUGGGCUCUGACCAUUCUUCCCUCUUCUCACCUGUCAGUCCACCGUACUCUCAGUAUUCUCCUUAUUUUACCCUUGCUGGCUGUCCCAUGUCCCCAGGACACACCCCAUUUUCUUCCCCCUACCGCUCUCCUCAAGAUUACACACCCACCAAUCCUGUGAAUUAUCAAUAAAAUUACAUAUUACUCAUA